AUGCCGCAGCCGUCAGCGCCGCUGCUCCCCGCGGGCCCGAUGGUCGUGAUCACGGUGCGGAAGGGCCAGGCCGGGAAGGAGAUCGAGCUCGACGACCCCAACAACAGGGGCAGGAAGAUCAAGGUGAACGUCCCGCCGGGGGCCAAGGCGGGCCAGAAGAUGGCGGUGCCCGUGCCGGAGGUCGGGGAGUCCGUGGCGGCCGUGGCGGAGAAGCAGCAGAAGCACGGCGCCGCCGCACGGCUCGCGCUGGGCGUCGGCGGCGUCGCUGCGGUGGGCGCCCUGGCGGUGGGCGGCGUCGUCCUCGGGGACCACCUCACGGGCGGGCACCUCGGGGUCGCCGACGCGGCCGAGGGGUACGCCGAGGACGUCGCCGACUGGGCGCCCGGGGCCGCAGAGGACGCGGGCGAGUGGGCGGCGGGCGCCGCCGAGGACGCGGCGAGUGGGCCACGGGGGCCGCCGAGGACGUCGCCGACUGGGCGCCCGGGGCCGCAGAGGACGCGGGCGAGUGGGCGGCGGGCGCCGCCGAGGACGCCGGCGAGUGGGCCACGGGGGCCGCCGAGGACGUCGCCGACUGGGCCGAGGGCGCGGGGGAGUGGGCGGAGGGCGCCCUCGAGGAUUCGGUGGACUGGCUCGAGGGCGCCGCGGACGACGUCGGGGACUUUGUCACCAGCCUGUUCUAGGCGCCAGGCCCGCACCGUGCUCGGUAGUCGGCCCUGGCGCGCCUAA